UCCGUCGACAGCUAGUCGCUCUUCUUCCUUCUUACCCUCGUCCCCUUCCCCUCCCCUCAGUCUUGCAGUGUGCAGUGCAGAGCGCAGGGAGAGAAGGCCUCUUUUUUUCCAUUCCAAACCGUGGUUCAUGGCAGCCGUUGAUCUACCGAUCAACGACGUCUAUCUGUCCGCAGUCCACGAGGCGCGCAACACCCGCAAACAGUAUCAGAGGCAGCAACAGAGGCAAGACGAAAUGGCCACCUCUGCUGCGACGCGGUCGCCUGGGGCUGGGACCACAUCCGGCGGCAAAGGUCCGGCAGCCGAGCCCCUGCGGCCAACUUCCUGGCAUGUCCACGACCUGGCUGCCUCCGACACUAGCAUCCUGUCGCAAUACCCGACAGCGCUCAUCAGGCUCCUUGUGCUUCUUGGACCACUCGUGACGGCAUCGGCUCAGCUUGUUCGGCUGGCCACCUGGACCGGCGGGCCGGGCACAGCAUCUCACAGCUUUCUUCUAGUCUUGGGUUGGUGGGCACUGUGCCUUUACGGCUACCAGACGCUCCGCUACGCACCACAGGCCAUACUCUUGACUGUCAUUGCCUACAAUGGUCUCAAGCGUGCCUUUUACGGUGCAGCGCCCUCUGCUCCAGCCGCCAAACGCGUGGCCUCAUCGGACUCGAUCAACGCGACCCUUGCCGACCUCGCUGUCCUCGCCGACUUUGUCUCGACACUCUCCACGACGGCUCUUGGGCCAGUCUUUUCGCUCUUGGACUGGCAAUCUCCUGCCCAAACACGUACCGUGGCUGUCCUCCUCGUCACAACAUGGCCCAUCUGGCUUCUCUGCUUUGGCACCGACCUCUGGGACGUCCUGGGUCUUCCUCGCAUUGGUCUGGGCCUAGGGUCGUGGCUCCGUCACAGUCUUCAACGAUUGAUGGCUGUGGUGGCUCCACAUGCUCAACAGCACUUUGUCAAUUUCGUCGACCUCUUCGAGAAGAAGUCUCCCGCUCUCUUUGCCCGCGUCGACCAAGCCACCGUCCAUCUUGAGAGGGCAAGGACAUUCUAUGUGGCCCACGUUGCACCUGUCCAAGCCCGCGCUUGGUCUUUGCUCUUCCCUGGAACGCCAUCUUCGCGCGUGUCCUCUGCAGGGCUCACUAUCGUACCGCCUUUUCCCCUCUUUUCGCUUUCCGUCCGGCACCUGCUCCUCGUCGUUGGCACCCUCGCUCUGACUUGGUGCUCGCCCUGGCUGGCCCUGAUCCGGCAUGCACUCUGGCGCAGCGCCAUGGUCCGAAGAGUUACGCGCAACACCAUCGCCCUCCUUAGCUGGACAUCGACUGGGUACGAAGGCCACUUUGUACACCUUGGUCCCGAUGCAGACCGUGAUCCAUUCCACUCGGCUGCACAGGGCAUCGUCUUAGAUGGAAAGAGCAAGAAGGGUUCCAAGAAGGAGGAACGGGCAGCAGACAACAUUACGAGGCAUGAGGAUGUCGUCUACCAGUUCACCGUCUUUGAGAAUCAGCGUUGGUGGGUCGGACUGGACUGGACGGCCGCGCUGCUGCCCCAGGAGAGGCCCAGCUGGUCCGACGAAUCGAACAACCCGGUCUCGCCUCCCUCGUCAUUCUCACUCCCUCCUGCCCGUGUGACCCUGAAGCCGACGCCGACGUCGUCAAGCCCACGGUCGCACGUCCGAAGGCUCGUGCGAUGGCAGUGGAUCGACGCCGAGUGGUCCGUGGCGGGAAGAGACGGCUUUCCUGUCCUGGCCGCCAGUCGCACUGGAGCCGAUCAGUCUUUGUCCACGUCAUCCCCGCCGGGUUCGCCUUCGCUCUCCUCGACCAACGGUGCGAGAAGAUCGAGCUCCAUCUCGAGCACCCUGUUCUCCCAGUCUGCCAGCAGUGCCUCCUCGACAGUCGAUGACGAUGCGUCGAGCACCACGACCGAAACGGCCGCUGCCGGCAACGGCACCAAAAAGGACCGGCGGCAAUCGUCUACGGCCACUUCCGAUGUCCUGCCUUCUGACCUGACUCUGCUCGACGUCGAUGCCGAAGGAUGGCAGUACGGCGAUAAUGGGUGGGAGAAGAUGAGCCGUAAGGCCGGUAUGGGGAGGUAUACCAGGAGAAGGAGAUGGAUCAGAAGAGCCGUCCUUGUCGAGAUCGUCGAAAGGGACUAUGUACCUGAGCCAGGCGAACUCGAAGAAAGCCUACAGCAACAGCAGCAGCCUGCUUUAGCUGGUGCAGCAUCGGGACCAAUCUCUUCCCCGUCGGCUGGUACAGCAUCGGCGACCAACAUUCCUUCCUCGCCGUCCUCGCCAGCUAGUCCUCGAGCCGGCGACCUCAAACAAAGGCUUGCCCGGGCAGCUCAGGGCUCGGGUACCAAUUAGCAGUCUGCAGUCUACAGUCUACAGUAUGCAUCUUACUCUCUCUUCGCAUCAUUCUCUGUCGUCCGAAUAAGCUCGGCAAAGUAGAUCGGAAUGCCAGCGAAGGCAAAUGAAUAAACUUGUUGGAGUGCCUAGAGUACAACGAAAUCGCAGCUAUUCACAGGA